AUGAGCGAGAUAGGUUAUUUAUUGUCAUAUGAGGCCACCGAGUCCCUCACAACUAYAGAUAGCCGCGUUGUGGAUGGCGUUUUCUUCCAGCAUCCAGCGGCCAAGCUUGCAGACAAAAUUGGAGUGUUCCCCAUACUUCGUGCCGGCUUGGGCCUUUCUGAAUCGUUUCUGUCGAUCAUUCCAAAUGCACAGGAUACCCUUCAGCCGGUAGAAUACUACAACAAAUUGCCAAAAUUUCCAGAUAUUGAUGUUGCAAUUGUUUUGGAUCCCAUGAUUUCCACGGCUGGCACUGCUUGUGCCGUUAUUUCUUUGUUGAAGGAGAGGGGAAUCUCGAACAUUAUCAUGGUUUGUGUCGUUGCUGUUCAAGAGGGAAUCACGCGACUUGAAAGCAUACAUCCUGAAAUCAAAAUAUAUGCUGCUGCACUAGACAAAACACUCAAUGAAAAUGGCUACAUUGUCCCCGGCCUUGGUGAUGCUGGGGAUAGGAUUUUCAACACUUUUUAA